UACCACACGAACAUGGCGGCUACCAGACUAGGAGGGUUCAUGAAAAUACGCUUGUCUAGGAAUAAAGUUUUUUGUCCUACACUCUACAAAUGCAGACUUCUUAGUGAUGACCGCCUUCAACACCUAAGCAAACACCAUUUCUGGAAAUCAAAGUAUCAGCAAGAAGUGUUAAGUUUUGACUGGUUUCUGUCUAAAGAGAAUUUGUCUCAGUUUGUGAAACAUGUCUUGCAACAAUAUCAAGACAAAAUCAUUUCAGCUCAACAUUCAGUCAAGGCCGUCGAGAAUACCCUAAAUCUACUUGGACAGUUCCAUAUUCUUGAUUUGGGAUGUGGAAGUUCUGCACUUCCAGAAUGUUUUUAUCAAUGGGAGCACUAUCCUGUCACUGUGCAGUGCCUUGACUAUAUAUAUGAAGCUGUCCAAUUUCAGAUGCAUUCUAUGAAAUUGAUCAGGCCAGGCAAUAAGAACAGCCAGGUACAUGGGGUAUGUGCAAAUGCCUGCUGCCUUCCGUAUCGUUCAGACAUUUUUCAUCUCAUCACUGAAAAAGGAACGAUGGAUUCGCUGCUCAAAGACACUAGAACAGGACAAGAAAAAGCUCGCCAAAUGUUUCGGGAAGUGUACCGAGUGUUGCAAAAUGGGGGAGUUUUCAUGCAGAUCUCAGAUGAAGAUCCUGAUAGUAGAUUGUUUUUUCUUGAAGACCUAAGUGGCUUCCCUUGCAGAUGGACUGUUCUUGACCUUGCUGUUGACUAUGAAAUGAACAAUAACUGCUUUGUAUAUUCUUUUCAGAAAUGAUUAAAAACAUAAUCUUUGCUGAUUAUUUCAGACAUAACGUAAAAUUCAGAUACAGCUUUAUUUAUCCCAGAGGGCAAGUAGUAGCAACUCUAUAGGGAAAUAAGAGAACUACACAGCUCAACAACAUUUUAAUACAUUCAUACACACUCCACCAGACAGACCCUUAUACAAUCAUAAAUCACAUAAUCUAGUCAUUCACACAUGAUAGCGUUUGCAAGUCACAUGGCCAAAAUAACAAAGGACAGCUUGAAUCUGUUGAUCUGGAAUGCCUUAAUGUUCUGCCAUAAAAUCAUCUGGACCUGG